GGAGGCCCCGCCUCGGUACUCUGUGAUUAGAGCAGCGGCUCUGGGGGUGUGGUAUUUGAGCCUCCGCUAUAUAUUAGCACUGCUUGGUCUCCAGGCUUAUGAUUUGUAUGUCAAGCCAAGCAAUCGUGGGGUGAAAACCCACUGGAAAUAACCAUAAUAUCAGUGAAAGAGAGCGAACGUGUGGCCUUUCCUCUCAGUGACGACAGAACAGCAGCACUUUUUUUUUUUAAUUUGAUUUGAUUAUUUUUGCUAUUUUACCAGCAGUCUGUGUGUGGAUAUUGAGGGACAGACUCCGGGAGAACGUGGAUUCUUCCCCAGCCAUCUUGCUGCUCCCGAAGGCUCCUUUCUCCUCCUUCUCCUCCUCCUGACGAAAGUAAACACGGCGUGCACAUCACUCGCAACUCCGUGCGAGAUCCCGACAGAAGCGACAUGGGCUCCUUGCACAGAGUCUAACGGCGCUGGGGGCGAACGCAGGCGGCUGAGAGGAUUAAUUGCUGUUCGUGCCGUCGCAGACGAGGGGAGACGCGCCGCGCCGCGCCAGGGAGAUGGAGCUGUUUGGGAUUUACCUGCUCCUCUCGCUCGCUCUCCUGCCCCGAUCCAGCUGCACCACGGCUAAGGAGAUCACCUGCCAGGAGAUAGCCGUGCCCCUGUGCAAGGGCAUCGGCUACAACUACACUUACAUGCCCAAUCAGUUCAACCACGACACGCAGGACGAGGCGGGACUGGAGGUGCACCAGUUCUGGCCUCUGGUCGAGAUCCAGUGUUCGCCGGACCUCAAGUUCUUCCUGUGCAGCAUGUACACGCCGAUCUGCUUGGAGGACUACAAAAAACCACUACCGCCGUGCCGGAGCGUGUGUGAGAGAGCCCGGGCCGGCUGCGCGCCCCUCAUGCGGCAGUACGGCUUCCCCUGGCCGGACAGAAUGAAGUGUGACCUGCUGCCCGUGCAGGGCAACCCCGACACUCUGUGUAUGGACUAUAAUCGAACUGACUCGACCACAGUAUCCCCUGUCCUCUCCAAGCCCACCAACCACCCGGGUAAGGGUUACAAUCCGCCUAAAAAUAAGCCCAGCGGCGGCAGACCCGGCGCGCCUGGGAAAUACAAGCCGCCUGUUGCACCAUGUGAGCCGGGCUGCCAGUGUUUGGAGCCCAUGGUGCCAGUGACCACUGACCGUCAUCCGCUUUACAACCGUGUGAAAACGGGGCAGAUUCCUAACUGUGCCAUGCCGUGCCACAACCCUUUCUUUACGCACGACGAGAAGGCGUUCACGGCGUUCUGGAUAGGACUGUGGUCGGUGCUGUGCUUCGUGUCAACUUUUGCCACGGUCGCCACUUUCCUCAUCGACAUGGAGCGAUUCAAGUACCCGGAGAGACCCAUCAUCUUCCUCUCCGCCUGCUACAUGUUCGUUUCGGUGGGCUACAUCGUCAGACUCAUCGCCGGACACGAGAAAGUGGCGUGUAACCGGGACUUUGACGUGGAACACAUCCACUACGAGACCACCGGACCUGCGCUCUGCACUGUGGUUUUCCUCCUGAUUUACUUUUUUGGCAUGGCCAGCUCCAUCUGGUGGGUCAUCCUCUCCCUGACCUGGUUCCUGGCGGCCGGGAUGAAGUGGGGCAACGAGGCGAUUGCCAGCUACUCUCAGUACUUCCACUUGGCCGCCUGGCUCAUCCCCAGCAUGAAGUCCAUCGCGGUGCUGGCGCUGAGCUCCGUGGACGGAGAUUCUGUGGCUGGCAUCUGCUACGUGGGGAACCAGAACCUGGACAACCUGCGGGGUUUCGUCCUGGCACCUUUGGUGAUUUAUUUAUUCAUUGGCACCAUGUUCCUCCUGGCAGGAUUUGUGUCCCUGUUCAGGAUCCGCAGCGUCAUUAAGCAGGGUGGAACCAAAACAGACAAGCUGGAGAAGCUGAUGAUCAGAAUAGGCAUCUUCACGGUGCUCUACACGGUGCCGGCCACCAUCAUCGUGGCCUGUUACUUUUACGAGCAGCACAACAGGCAGACGUGGGAGAUUACGCACACUUGCUCCAACUGUUUGCUGGAGCACGAGCGCAGGACUCCGGACUAUGCAGUUUUCAUGUUGAAGUACUUUAUGUGCCUUCUGGUGGGCAUCACUUCCGGUGUGUGGAUCUGGUCGGGUAAAACCCUGGACUCCUGGAGGACUUUCUGCACCAGGUGCUGCUGGGGCAGCAAGGGCACCAGCGGCUCCAUGUACAGUGACGUGAGCACCGGACUGACGUGGAGGUCAGGCACGGCCAGCUCUGUGUCCUGCCCCAAGCAAAUGCCAUUGUCCCAGGUUUGAAUGGGAAAAACUAAGCAGCUUUAGGAGGACUGCUAAUUGUUUGGGAGAUAACCCAUCACUUCAUGUCUUAACCAAUUUGCAUAGUAAUGAACUGCUGCUGAGGUGUCCCCCAAACACACACACACACACACACUCACACACCUCUGUGAGAAGAAGUGGUCAAAACAAUGUUCCUGGCAUCCACUAAACGAAAUCUUCCCUGUUUGUAUGUAUCAGUGGUUCCAGGUGGUGUCUUUUUUAAUGCAAACUGGGCAUUACUUGUUGUAAAACACAGUUUCUCACCAAGAGCAUUUUUUUUAAAUGUCCAUCUUAUAUAUAGUGCCAGAUAACAUUGUAUAUUUCAAUCAAGUUUUAAAUUAAGCCUUAAUAGUGGCCGUGUAUUUUUACGGGUCACUCGUUUUUGUAAUUUCAGAUGUAUUUAUACAAAGGUUAUGUACAAAAAAAAUGUAUAUUUGUGUAUAAAAAAAGAACAAAAAACUUUAUAAGCUAUUGUAUAUUUGUACAAAGUGUAGAUUUCUCUUUUUUUGGAGAGAAAGACAAAUACCACCUUUAUUUUGACAAUAAAACCUGUGAUAAAUCCGAGGUUCUGUGUAACUUUUCUGGUGU